AUUUAGAGGCCUGUGAGCCUUAGUAGGCUUAGACGAGCGUAGGCCUCGCAAGCUUGCCUUUGGAUUGUUUAUUUAUAGUGGAAGAAAAACACAAUUUUUCUAAAUUGAUUUGAAAACGCCCAAAAAGUUCGUCGCUUAGUGUAUUAUGGAAACAAUUUCUACAUUACUGAAAUGUCCACUUUCAAGACAAGAUUCAAAAUGGCGACUAUUCUUGAAGUAACAACGUAUCUCAGCUGGGUUCUGUUAUUGGUUGCACCGUCCCAAGAAACCGUUCUCCCUCUCCAUACCACAAUCAAUAGAGCUUUAACUCGAACAUAUUGCGCACGAAACAAAGAGAUCACUCCCUACCGUAUAUCGUCAGACCCAGCCCAAUGGAGUGUAAAGCCCGAAGAAAGCGUCUCCAGCAAACGGACCCAAUUACCGGCAAACGAACAGCGAACCGGCAGCAAAUUGAUAGAGUGCUACUUUGAAGGCUCUUCGGUGCAAUCAUUUAACCGCAAACAGGUCGACAUGCAAUCUGCCGAAGGCAGCUCACCACUUCAGCAAGGUGCCGCCACCGUGGUACCAAACAACGCGGAACAAGGAGGCAGCAGUACGGUAGGAAGCGGUUGGCAUGACGAUGAUGGUGGUGGUGGUGGAAGAAAGUUUCCUGGAAUUAAUGCAGUGACCCGACUGUGCCCCUCCGGUUGGAUGAAUUGUAGUGGUCGAGCAGUGUUCGAGUCGAUUUGUGGCCAGGCUGAACGACGAACUGAGCAGCCGGUAAACGAUGCACAAGGACACGGUGCUAAAGGGCUUUGCCAAAGUGCAUUCGGCUGGAUUGGUGGUGAUUUCACAGAUGGAGAAAACCUUGCCGCACCUGGGGGGUACGCUGGUUUGAAAAGGCUUCAGCAUCACUUCACCACUGAGAAGAGAACACUCACCCAGUGCGCCCCAUUCCGUCGCCAAGCAACAGAUGGCCGGCGGAACGGCUCCCGAGUGUCCCUACGGGAAGCACCCACAGGGAAGCACUGGAUUCGGCACGAAAGAAUUGAUAAACGGAAACAAUCUCGAGAGCUGUCCGGCGGGAAGUUUUUGGACAAGUUUGAAGCAGUUGCUAGCCGGGACAUGUGCCCGGUCGUCCCCAGGAUAGUGCUCUGCACGGUAAAUAUCCUCGAGAAUCGUUCGGAACUCAUCGUAAACGUGCUGCCGAGAGGAAAUGAUAGCUCUUCAACGAACGAAACUGACCGCUCGGUGAAACAAGCGUACAGAAGCGUCGAAUGCGAUGUGGACCCUUCCGAUCUGGGCGGACGCAUCGUCGGCGGGCGGAAUGCACUGUACGGCGAUGCGCCGUUUCACGUGUCGUUGAGAAGCCUUUACCACGAGCGGCGGCACGGCUUCGGCAGUGGGUUGUUCUGUGGCGGGUCGCUGAUUACUGCCAGUCGCGUCUUGACCGCUUCCCACUGCUUCACCACAAAACCCUCCAACAUGGUGGUGGUGGCUGGCGUACUGAAUCGGUUCGAUCGAUCGGAGCGUAUGCAGCAGCGCCGUGUCUUGCGCUACCUGGCCCAUCCGGGCUGGCACGCAAGGACACUGGCCGCGGACAUUGGGCUCGUGGCGCUGUCCUUCAGAGUAAUGCUGCAGACUUCGUGUCGUUUCGCCACCACCGCUCUCUAGCCCUAACCCAUCGUCUGAGCAUCGCGUCUGCUGCUGAUGGUGAUGAUGAUGAGCAACGAUUUGUGGCCACCGCUGGGUUUAGUGUAGCAACAAUGGUGUGAGGCGAUUUUUUCCCUUCUCUCCAAUGCCAGUGACUUUGACCGGUUUACACCAAACCCUAGCCAAGGAGUCCUUUGGGUCAGUGAAUAUAAUGUAUGCUAAAGAGCACUAACUCCAUCGAUGGGCGACGAUGAUGGGAAAGCUUUCUAAACUUUCUUUUAAGCAUCUUCAUUGGCACUGUUACGAGAUUCCCCAGUGGUUGUGUUUCGGUUGUAGUGUGGCCCAAGUAAUGCACACAGCAGGAUUGUGUUGGAGUAUCCUCAGUGAUUGGCAUUUUCAGAGAAACUCUUUGAUUAACCAACUUGCAUAAUCAAACUCGAGGAAAAAGCUCUCUUGCGGCUCUCGGCUAUCGGCAUAACCACUUUAAAGUGCCACCUACAUUCAUCAAAAGACACCCAACUGUACGUUGACUUCCCUAGAGGACGUCGCACAUGGCCAACGCCUCCACGACUAUCUGGGUUUGAGCGCAAGAGCUUUUCAUUUUACAAAAAAAAAGGAUCCUACAGUCUAUGCCCUUUAAACGUUGGGUGGGCUUGGGUAAAGUGAGUUUGCUGGGAUGUUGCUUAGUAGCCAACACAUCCUCCACAUAUGAACGAGUCUUUCGACGAGCCUGAAACGACCGAACCUCAACAACCGAAACAAAAAUUCCUUCGAGUUUCGAGAUGGGCGCUGGGUGAAGAAUGGCAUCAGGACGGGUCAAUUGAGAAGUCAAUUUAAAGAAUUAUGUGCGGUAACUACCCCCGGGUUGCCGGUUUGUCACAUUUGUUGCACGAGCUCACUUGCCUGCUGGAGGCAUCGCAACCAACAUCAAACGAACGCCGUGAUUCAGUUUUUGUUUGUGUUUUUUUGCCUUACUGCUCAAGGACAAACAAGCUCCUCUGUGUUCGCGGGAAGUGUGUUUAGGUCCCGCCGUCGUUUUCUCCAGGAUCGUCUGCCGCGGUGUGGCAGCGUGUUCGAUACAUUAGCGAUGGUUCGUGGUAAAUUGGAGCCUCCAACUCGUGUGUACGCGCCAUUGACAGUUUGCUGCUUCGCAAGGUCGUCGCAAGCAGACUAGCCUACCAAACGCUCUACAAACAACCACACGCUGUUGGUGAAGUGAAUACAAUUUAAAAGCUUUUCAGUCUGCCUUUCAGAAGCGCCCGACAGUGGAGAGCGCUUUGUUUGCGCUUCUUUCCCUUCCGAACACGCUGUAAAAAGACGCGCACCGAGCAAAAGGAGCAAUUUGCAGCACCUGCGAACCGGCA